AUGGGACUCCUGACGAAAUCGGUCAAGUUGGCAGCUAUCUUGUUUGGUGUGGCCUUGGUCAAUGCCGAAUUUUGCGAGAACACACCGACUUCGCGAGACUGCUGGGGAGAGUAUAGUACCUCGACUGAUUACUCGAGUGUCACCCCGGAUACUGGUGUUACCAUAGAGGCAAGUCUGAAUGGCUAUGAGCGACAGAUGCUUGUCUUCAAUGGCAGCUACCCUGGUCCGCGAAUUGAGGCGAACUGGGGUGAUAUGCUAGUUAUUCAUGUUACCAAUGAACUCACAGAUAACGGUACUGCUGUUCAUUGGCAUGGAAUUAGACAGCAAGGAUCUAAUCAAUACGAUGGAGUCCCCGGAGUUACCCAGUGCCCUAUUGCCCCAGGCGAAAAGAUGACAUACAAAUUCCGCGCAGCUCAAUAUGGGACAGCGUGGUAUCAUUCUCACUGGAGUCUACAGCUCUCUGACGGCCUUUACGGACCAAUCAUUAUUCAUGGACCCGCCACUGCCAACUACGAUGUUGAGCUGGGCCCUCUUUUCAUGACAGACUGGUAUCACCAGAGUGCUUUUAUUCUCUGGGUGCAAAGUGGCAUGUACGGUGGGUUUCCCGUGCGACAAAAUGCAGUUGCACCCAAUGGUCUACUAAAUGGCACAAAUACAUUCCCUUGCGAUGAGUCAAACGAUCCAGCCUGUCUAGGGACAGGAAAGCGCUCAGAGACCGUCGUACAGAAGGGCAAGAAAUAUCGUCUUCGAUUACUCGCCUCCCAAACAGAUUCUUGGAUGAAAUUCUCUAUUGAUGGCCACAAACUCACAGUCAUUGCAGCUGAUUUGGUGCCUAUUGUACCCUACCAAGCCGAUAGUGUGAUUCUCGCUUCUGGUCAACGAUACGAUAUUGUAUUUGAGGCUGACCAAGAUAUUGGUAACUAUUGGAUGCGUGCCAUAUAUCAGACCGCAUGCAAUGGGCUUUCAAUUGACAGGAAUGAUAUAAAAGGUAUUCUUCGAUACGAAGGUGCUAGCCAGUCUGACCCGACAACAACGCAAUGGUCAUCAAUUACGAACUCCUGUGGUGACGAGCCCUACGCCAGUCUAGUUCCUUAUGUGAAGAAAGAUGUCGGCAAGGCGGACAGUCAGAAGAACUUGAAUAUUGGAUGGUUCUAUGAGACUGAUCUCGUCUACCACUGGGCAAUUAACACCAAGGCAUUGGAAAUUGAUUGGCAGCGACCAACAGAUCUUCUCAUCUACCGCAAUGAGUCGGUUUUCCCGACUGAUUAUAAUAUAUAUGAGAUCCCUGCAGAUAAGACUUGGACAUACUGGGUCAUUCAAGAUUUGGGCCUCGUCAAUGCCUACCACCCCUUCCAUCUCCAUGGGCACGACUUUCAUAUCCUAGCACAAGGAUUUGGACUCUAUACCCCAUUGACGAAGCUAAAUCGCGAGAAUCCACCCCGACGCGAUACAGCCACAAUGGCUGGUUUUGGGUAUCUUGUCAUUGCUUUCGAGAACGAUAAUCCAGGUAUGGGAGUUACCUGGUCGCAGAUUUUCCCGCCACCUCCUACUCUAACCGAAGUCAAUCUCCCAAGUCAGAAUGGCAAAGUCUUCAUCGUAACAGGAGGCUACUCGGGGAUUGGCUUCGAGCUAUGCAGAAUCCUUUACCGACUGGGGGGAACAGUAUAUCUUGCCGGUCGGUCUGAAGAAAAGGCAUUGGAUGCGAUUGCGAAGAUCCAAAGCUUGUGUCCUCCAACCUCCCUCGAGGGAAGCAUCAUUUUUCUCCCUAUAUCGCUAGAUGACCUGACAACAAUUAAGCCUGCAGUGAAGAGAUUCACCACAGUUGAAUCUCGUCUAGAUGUUUUAUUCAACAAUGCCGGUGUCUCUAACCCUCCCGGAGGGACUUCCCCCGCAGGGCCACGAUCUGCAAUUGGCAACUAA